UUGUUGUGGUUUGGCAUCCGUUGCCAUCUCUGUUUUGGUAGCAGCUUCCAAUUUAGCAAGCUAGCCUGCAACAUAACUCGUAGAGUUCUGAUAACAAUCUCGAUUUACUGGAUUCGAAUUUUCGAAAAUGACUGGCGAGACGAUUUGCACCGUGCACAAAGAUCACAGACGGGACAAGGAUGAAAAUAUACUGGGAUCAUAUGAAGGAACCGCUAAUGCGACCGUUACAUCCACUGGUCGUUUCCUUACGAAUCGAACGAACAGAGCUAAGAAGACAUUUAAUCACAACAGCAAACUGGUGAAACAACACAACAAUGCAAACAGCAGCAGCAACACAACAGUCGUCGAUGACAACAAGAACCCCAUCGUUUUGACCCCAAGUAUUUUAGAUUUUCCAGUUCACGAGUGCGUGUAUAACGGUGACGUGCGGCGGUUGUCAUCGCUCAUUCGCACCCAGGACAUCACCCAGAAAGACGUUCAUGGAAACACACCCCUGCACCUGGCUGUGAUGUUAGGCCAUAAAGAAUGUGCCCACCUGCUUCUGGCCCACAAUGCACCUGUGAAGGUGAAGAAUGCCCAGGGCUGGAGCCCUCUUGCUGAGGCUAUCAGCUACGGUGACAGACAGAUGAUCACUGCGUUACUGCGGAAGCUGAAACAACAGUCAAGAGAAAGUGUGGAGGACAAGAGACCACGGCUGCUCAAAGCCUUGCGGGAGCUUGGUGACUUUUACUUGGAAGUUCACUGGGACUUUCAGAGUUGGGUUCCCCUUCUUUCACGAAUUUUGCCAUCUGAUGCCUGCAAGAUCUACAAACAGGGAAUCAAUAUCAGGCUGGACACCACGCUCAUUGACUUCAGUGAUAUGAAAUGCCAGAGAGGUGACCUUAGUUUUAUUUUCAAUGGGGAUGCUCCGCCCGCCCAGGCCUUUGUCGUGCUUGACAACGAACAGAGGGUGUUCCAACGAAUUCAUCAUGAGGAGUCGGAGAUGGAGACAGAGGAGGAGGUUGAUAUCCUGAUGGGCAGUGAUAUUUACUCGGCCACACUUUCCACCAAGUCCAUCACCUUCUCUCGCAGUCAGAUCGGAUGGCUCUUCAGAGAAGACAAAACAGAGCGCGUGGGAAGUUUCUUGGCUGAUUUUUACAUGGUGAGUGGGCUGGUUCUGGAGUCCAGGAAGCGACGAGAGCAUCUGACUGAGGAAGACAUCCUCCGUAACAAAGCCAUCAUGGAGAGUUUGAGCAAAGGAGGCAACCUAACCGAGCAAAACUUUGAGCCAAUGAGAAGGCCUUCUCUUAGUGCCCCAGAGCCAAGCAGCCUGUCCUGGGAGGAAUACAUUUCAGCUGAGCAUGGAAAAGCUCCUCACCUGGGCCGUGAGCUGGUGUGUAAAGAGAGCAAGAAGAACUUCAAAGCCACCGUGGCCAUGAGUCAGGAGUUCCCCCUGGCCAUUGAAUCGUUGUUAAAUGUCUUAGAGGUCAUUGCCCCUUUUAAACACUUCAGCAAGCUCAGAGAAUUUGUCCAGAUGAAACUUCCUCCAGGAUUUCCUGUCAAACUGGACAUCCCAGUAUUCCCAACAAUCACAGCGACUGUGACGUUCCAAGAGUUCCGCUAUGAUGAAUUUGAGGAGUCCAUCUUUGCCAUCCCUGUGGACUACAAAGAGGAUCCCAACCGCUUUCCUGACCUUUGACCUCCCAGAGAGGAAACUUCUGAGAGAUUACCACUACCAGCUCAGACAGACAGGCACUCAUAUUGAAUGUACGUCCAUGGUUUGUUUUCAUGUUCAAAGGGAAUGAUCAUCUAAUCUAAUUAAAUGUCACAGAGCCGGUUUGUAUUUAAGUGGAAUGUUAAAAGCUAUCUCCAGGAAGCAAUACUGAUGAUAGGUUCUAAAGAUACGAAUCAAAUACAAAGUGUUCUCCAAUAAAUCUGGCUUCCACUGUGAAGGGUCUAGCUAGAACUAUGUUCCGUGUCACGGACACCACUACACAGCUAUAUGGGAAUUUCUCUGGGAAGCUGAUAACUGGCUCAUUUUCCAUGACAAGAUUAUAUGAACUGUGUAAGAGCCAUGUUAAAUUUAGGCCAGUUUUCAGUGGUAUAUUAAAGCAGACCUUACCGGCAGCCCUAAUGGAAAUGGCUGAGUGUACUGUAAACGUUCCGCUAACAUUCUGUAGACAUACAGUGCAGGAGAAGAGCGAGGGGCAUUUAGCACAUAUCAGACCUCAAACUUUUUUCUCUCCAGUCAGGUUACUCCGAUACAUUUGACAUACGGUUUAAGUUGUGUUAUGACCAACAUGUUGCCUGGACUGAGGGUAUGUGUGAUUUGUCCCUGGGUGCGUUUGUUUUUAAUGUUGUGUGCAUGUUGAUAUGGCAUCAUGUUCAUGAUUAAUGUUUGGACAGCCCUCUGCAGCAAGAACUCACCCAAAUUUCAUCUCAAUCUCAGAGCAAACUGUGAAAAACCCACCGUCUCAAUAUCAAACAGUUCAGUUCUUUCACCAAGGGCUCAUCAUAAAUAUCCAUCAGUGCAGUUCAACACAGGCUAUUCAGAGGUCAUUUAUCUUGCUUUCCUACAUACUGUAACUCAGGUUUCUGCCUCAGUUACAUUUAAGCUAAGUGUUUGGCCAAAACCCACAGUGAAAUGAGCAGCGUGAUAUUCCUGUUGUAACCAAACCAGUACAGAAGUAUAUGUAGCAUUUUAGAUAUUUUUACCAAGCACCUGAUAAAAUACUUCUAAUAUAACCUUAACCCUUCUCAAACACACCAGCAGCAGGACCGAGACUGUAAGAGGAUGUAUGUUCUGUCUUACAUUCAGGAGAUGACUUAUGUUUAUUUAGGCCAUAAGGCCAGACUGAGGAUAAUAAAUAAAACUGUGGAUAAGGUAUCUCUCCAUAACCUCAUACAAACCCUGCGUCAGUCAACACAAUAAUGAUGCAUGUCAACUAUGUUAUCCCCUCCCUUCUUAACUCUAAACAAACUAUAAUACACCCAGUUAUUCAUUUGUUUAACUCAUGCAGC